AUGCCCAAAGGAUUCCUGGUAAAAAGAAACAAGAAAUCUGCACAUGUUUCCUACAGGACUCGGUCAGACGAAGAUGACCUCCAGGAGUCACACAUCCCAGCUGCCUUGCCGAGUUAUGUGGACCCCUCCCGGCCGAUGUCCAUGGCGUCCAGUCCGGACCGCGCCGCAGCAUCGCCGGAUUUCACAGCAGCUGACGCGCCGGUGCCAAGACUGGAGAAGCCGGUACAGUUCGGCAACCCAGAGGCGGUGUGCCAAGCCCUCUACAGCCCCACCCGGCCCAUCAGCAAGGAGCACGACAGGAGAUAUUUUGAGCGAAGUUUCAAUUUGGGCUCGCCUAUUUCUGCCGAAUCAUUCCCGACACCUGCCUCCCUCUCCGGCCUGGACCACCUCCUCUACGCCCCGGUCGACCUGAAAAUCGGCACCAGCAACAGCAGCCGCAGCGGCACCACCACCAGCAGCCUCCCGGGACCAAGCAACCGUGUCGCCACCAAAAGGCCCGCAGCUGACGGUACAGAGCGCAAAUCUAAACCCGCCUCCAAGAAACCAAAAGCCAUUAGAAAACUCAACUUUGAAGACGAGAUGACGACUUCUCCCGUGCUUGGUCUCAAAAUAAAAGAGGGGCCGGUGGAGAUGAAGCCGAGGGCGCAGUCCUCCGGAGGAAACAAGCCUCUAGGGGAGUUUGUGUGUCAGCUGUGCAAGGAGGCGUAUGCGGAUCCCUUCUCUCUAGCUCAGCACAAGUGCUCCCGCAUCGUCAGGGUCGAGUACCGGUGUCCUGAAUGCGAUAAGAUGUUCAGCUGCCCAGCCAACCUCGCCUCUCAUCGCCGCUGGCACAAACCCCGGACUACCGGGGCACCGGCGAUGGCACAGGGCAUCAAACCUGAAAUGGCCAAAAUGCCACCUCUAGGUGUCAAGUCCGUCUCCGACGAAGCCAAAGACAUGAGUGACAGAGACACCCCGAGUCCAGGUCUGUCCGAGUCGGGCUCUGAAGAUGGCUCAUAUGACUGCCAGUAUUGUGGGAAGAGGUUUAAGCGACAGGCAUACCUAAGAAAACACAUCAUGGCACACCAGGUCUUGCAAAAGAAAGUGCUUGAGGAGCAGGGGUUUCAAACCGGCGACCGCCCGGCAGAGCAGGCUCCGGUCUUACCCGCCUCCUCCUCAUCAGCAUCAUCAUCAUCAUCAUCAUCAUCAUCCUCAUCCUCAGAGGAAGCCUCAAACCAAAGCCCUCUCAACCUGAGCCCGGUGGACUGCCUGCUGUGCCCGGUGUGCGGGGAGAGUUUCACCAGCAGGGCCGGCCAGGAGAGACACCUGCGCCUCAUGCACUCCUCCCAGAUUUACCCGUGCAAAUACUGCCCCGCCACUCUCUACAGCUCGCCGGGGCUCACCAGGCACAUAAACAAGUGCCACCCCUCGGAGAACAGGCAGGUGAUCCUGCUCCAAAUGCCGGUGCGCCCCGCCUGCUAA